UUUUUGCCUCUCUGGUGCCGUUCGCGGCGACAGAGAGCAGCUGAGAUUGGAGCUGUCUGCAGGUGUUUUUGCGCGGCGUCGAUCGCCGCUGCCACUAUAGACGCUGCUCGCUGGAUUUAUGCGCGAGGUUUAGGAGCGCCGGAUGGUCUUAGAUCUUUGGUUUGAUGUCCUCGCGCGUCGGGUGGCGCUAUGCCAGCUCUGUGCUGAACGAGAGCAUCGAGCUGGCGGCCACCAAGCGCGCCGUCCAGCCGUCUAGCCAUCAAAAAUAGCACCGUCCCGGUCAAAAGGCUAUACGUACGCACAGAUGCAGCCGUUUCGAGCCGCAUUCGUUGCUACGUGCGCCGCCGUGGCUGCUGCCAACAACAGCUUGGAAUUGGUGCGAGAUGUAGCUCUCGAAGACGUGCCCGCUGGUCCGCGAGAACUGCAUCAGAGAUAUUCAGAGAUAUUCAGAUACGGCAACCGCAACGCUGCGUCGCAUUUAUGGACAAGUUACAUCCUCGACCGUGCGUCGGUGACGCCAGCCGCGCAGAUCGAGUCACUAUUCAGCGGCUUCUGCGCGGUCUCGGGUUCGCCGGUCUACCCGUCGGACUACAAGCGCUAUCGCUUGCGCCUCAAGCACGCGGUCACCGGCGUCGACGAGGUCGGUUUCAUGUACUACUGUUGCUGGCCGCGCGUUGCAGUGUCGAAUCACCGGAGGUCACGCAGAUCUCAAAUGCUUCCGCACAGGUGCGUCUGCGACACGUGGGACUUCAUCAAGGUCGACACGCUCACGAUAACCACGGCCGACGGCCCGAAGGAAUACCGCUUUGCGGUGAUUGGCGACCCCUGCCGGAACGAGGAGCAACUAGACGUUCCGUUCAUCCAGCCCUUCGACGGCCGCACGACGACGCUGCGCCGCGACGCGCCCGAGGUGCGGUGCGCGGACAGCCGUUUGAUCGGUGCCACGCAUACGGACCACGGCUUCAUUGCUAUAUCGAUGUUCUUCGACGCGCCGAGCGACGAGGAGGAGGACCGCGGCGUCUGGCAGCCCGGCCGCGUCGUGCAGCGCGGGGGCCACGUCUUCCAGGACGACGUCGAGUACAGCGAUAUGUGUUCCCAGCGCGCGGCGAACGGCUACGAUUCGGGCAUGGGCGAGAUCUUCCGCCGUGUCGCGGCGAUCACGCCCGUCGGCAGCAAUCAAAUCGAGGCGCCAGACGCCAUCGGUGCGCUGUUGUGAGUGAUAAGUAUAUGUUUAUAAAGCCGCCUAGAAAGCGACAACAACAAGUU